CCUUAAAUAUACUUACGUUUUAAAUACUGAAUUUAAGUUUUUCUAAUGUUCCGUAAUAUGUAAUUAUAAAUUAAUCUACUAAUCUUAGCGCGAUCUACACGAUAAUUGUGAAAGUAUCCGAAGUAAGAAAUUCAUAUUUUAUCAAUAGAACGUCAAAAUGAUUAGCAAAAUCUUAAAAAAAUCGAUUACAAUUUAAUUACUUUUUUGCAUUGUAAAUAUUAAGCUAUAAGAAUUAAAUAAUAAAUUUAAAAAUUACCGGUGAAAGUUGAAUUAGUAAUCCGCCAGGAGCGACACCAGCGAAGCUCAGAGCGUAUAGUGUCAUACAGCCUUUAAAAAUAAAAAAUGGGAGAAAGCACGAAACAGAUCAGAAUGGAGAAGUAACCAGGAACCAGGAACAGACCAAGACCCAAAAAAGAGUUGUCGGGCCAGUGACGAUUAUGAAACUAUGGGAAACAAGAAAAUUCUAUCGUGUAACGCUAUUGGUGCUUUCAUUUAGAAGAUCCAAGCAAAAAGAAAGUGAGUGGCUAGAAAGGUUACAGAUAUCGGAUUGAUUGCAAUAUCAGCAUGACGACGAAAUUAUUAUUGAGACACACCCUACUUCGAUAAUGUUUUGACGUACUUGACAUCAAAAUAAAUACAAUAUGGAUUGACAUAAUCCAAAAUAUUAAAAAUGUCUUAGAAGAUGUCUUGGAUUUGGAAAUCAUCAAAAUUACAAGUACCAAUUAAGCCGUGCCUAUCAUUCCUCGAGGAUAAAUGUUUUCAUAAAGCCAGACUUACGCUAAAAGAAUUUGGAGUGAAUUGGUUGGAUUUAAUACAAGCUCAAGACAAAGUGAACAAUAAUUCUGCCUUUCACAAGAUGGACGCCGUAUUUUUUCACCAAGAUCGAUUUGAACUACUCGUCGAUGCUAGGGGAUUUCGCCCGGAGGAUAUCAAGUGCAAAAUGACAACAAAUUUGGUAGAAAUAAUCGGACAGAGGCAAGAGGCUUUAAAUAGCGGUAGUAAAAGUAUGUCGUUGUCAAGAAAUUAUCACUUGCCGCAGCAUGUUAAACCGGAAGACGGAAAUUGUUGUUUUUCUGCAGAAGGAAUAUUAUUGGUGACGGCUCCGUGGAGAAGCUAGUAAAGUUUUGAAAUUUUAUCGUUUUUUCUUUAUAUCAUUUGUGAAUAUACCUACUUAUUACUCACUUCUUUUGAAUGACUAUCUUGGGAAAUUUAUAUGCAAAAAAAUAAAAUUUAAAGCAUUUUAAUAUACAUACA